GUCGCUUGCAGUAGAAUUCUCAACCACCAUAAGAUCGUAAUGAACAUAUCAUCUUCAUAGUUACAUAUAGAGACUUCCAUUCCAGGCAUCGAUCGUAAUUUAAUAUUUGUUUGAGUUCUGAAACUAGACGUUCCUGGGAUUGAUUUUUUUUCCCCUCCUAAACUCAACAUGGGCAGAGAGUAUAUUAUGCAUCUGUAGCUCUUUGUUUUGUUUUGGUACGUAUGUAGUUACAGAGUGAGAUUCAAAUUACCAAACACCAAAUACUUAAUAAAUUGUGGAGUUUUAGAUAGAUGAGGAGGUCAGUCCACAUUUUUGGAAAAUGAAUUGCGAAGCAGUCGUGAGCGGAAAGAAAGCUGUUGCAAGCAGAAGAAGAAAAGGGAAACCGUGUUGCAAAGGGUUAGGGGCUGUGUGGUAGAUGUGGAAGCAGAAGGGGGGCUGGAGAGGGGAGGCCUACUACUCACACCUUAGGCUUAGGAUAGUCAGUUGCCCUAUUACUGCUAAAUACUACUGCUACCUGUCCUGUCCUGCUAACAUCCGUAGCACUGCAGGAGGUGCCCGCCGCUUCGUCCAACAUCAUAUAUUUCAGAUUCCAUGUCUGGAAUUGCUCAUCCGAGUAACAUCUAGCAAAGAUUUCUCAUUUACUCUGCACGCCUAAUUGUUAAGGAUUAGAAGAAGAAGGAGGAGGACAACGUAAAAGAGGAAAACCCAAUUUGUUUGACGAUGAGAGCUAGAGUGGUGGUGUUCCCAAUAAGAGGGAGGAACUGGGCUUUUAGCAGCAGAUCUUCUUCUUCUUCACUCGACUCCCAUUCAUCCUCCUCCUCCUCAUCAUCUCAUACCGCGCCGCCCUCCACAUUCAAGGAGUUAUGGAAUACCAUUUCCUCCCCUCGGCAGAAGCCGCCCUCUCAAUCCAAUGUCGAACUCCUCAUUGAUUUCUUCGCCAACAAGAUGAAUAGAGCUUGGGGUAAGCUGGAAGAAGCUCCCCGGGGGACUUUUAAGAGCAAGAUUCACAGGUUGGGUGUGAAGCUUUUGUCUCGGGUUAAGCCAUCAGAAAUUUUCUUGAAAUCCAUACCUAAGGAGGCUACCCAUGUUGAGAUCACCUAUCCCUCCAGUUUGAAUGCACGACUUGUCCGCAGAAGGAUACGGCAUAUUGCCAUAAGGGGAGCUGUUCUUCACAAGAAGUACUUCUAUGGAUCAGUUACAUUGCUUCCCGCUACAGCAAUAUUAGCAGUCCUACCGUUGCCUAACAUUCCGUUCUUUUGGUUCUUGUUCCGAUCUUAUUCUCACUGGAGAGCUCUCAAGGGAAGUGAGAAACUUCUGCAGCUAGUGUCAGAUGGUUCCACUAAUCAAGAUUCUUCGAUUGAGAAGGAGAACAAAGGACUGCAGGACUCUGAAAAAGGAAAAUUUGAUUCUCUUGGUUCUCCUUGGGUAUUGCAACCUUCUGAUGAGCUUCACAAGCUUCUUCAAGGCAAAGAUGCAGAAAGUGCCAACGAGUCUACUGUAUCAGAAAUAUGCCAGAGAUUUUCAUUAAACACAAAUGAUGUUUUGAAGUACAGGAAUUCAUUGUAGUUCAAGUUUUGCAUCCUUUCUUUUAGUGUUAGUUACAUAUCAGUUCAAAAAGCAAAUUAUAGAUUCACUGCCGUUAAUUUUGCCAAGCUGAAUUGAUUUUUCAAAAUAGAAAAUGGGUCAAAUUUUCUCA